GAAGGCGAGCGAGCUUCUCAUCCUCGAAGCCGCAAGGAUGAAGUGAAAUGAGAGUGAAGUGAGAGGCUCGCUCAUCCCCUCCCUUGUCGCGUCCUCCGCACCCCUCGCGUCCGCUCGGACCUCCGCCCGGAGCAGCUUCCCCGCGCGUGCCGCCUAUGCUGCUGCGGCGUGGUGCCCCGCCCUGCGCUCCGCGGGCGAUGUCCGGUGGGCUCUGCGGGGGUGGGGGCUCCCCGCCGGCGCGGUGCUGCGUCCCCUUCCGCCAAGCAGCAUGCUUCCUGCGGCCGACCAAGGAGAAUAGCGGAAGAGAUCUAAGUUACCAGAGGAAAAACUGCAGAUGGAGGCCAGCCUUUGCUUUGGAAACUGGUGAGCCAUCAAACACUGAUGGCCAAGACUUUGAUGAGGACAGUAGUAGUGGCUUCCUUGGUAGGACGAGGCUGGGCAGACUCAUCCAAGCUGCAGGAAGGGAGCUGCUUGAAAAACUAAACUCUGGCAGAACCAACUCCCCCACAAAAACUUUCCUUCUCCUUCUUGGCUUCUACACAGCAAAUGCCUUGGCAACAAUACUAGGGCAGACUGGAGACUGGGAUGUUCUUGUUGCUGGUGUUGUAGUGGCCGCCAUUGAGGGAAUUGGCAUGCUCAUGUACAGAAAGCCAAUCGCCAGGCCUCCAGGCAGGCUCCAAUCAUUGAUUUCAAUGUUGAACUACUGGAAAGCUGGUGUAUGUCUAGGCCUUUUCGUGGAUGCCUUCAAGGUGGGUAGCUGAGUAUAUGUGAUCAUCUUCUGUUUAUGUGCCUACAAGUAGAGUUGUUAGUAUACUGGGAUGAUGAUAACACCAGGAUAUUGGUUCCGUGAUAGCCAUUGCUCAUUGCUCAAAAUUUUAAUGUCAAUAUAUUGUGCUCAAAUUCUGGAAGAUACGGCUGCUGGUGAAGCAGAAGCUAUUUGAUUUCUUCAAAGUUGAUAGAGACGUUUGUAGCAGAUGUUGUUUUAUAUAAAUGUUGCAAGCGGCUAAGCAUUAUUUGGCCUGUAAAGCGUAGAUAUGAUGUACUUGUUCUUAACUUCCAUGUCAUUAUUUAACCCUAAUCUAAUAUGCAUUUGUUGUAAAAAUAAAAAGUAAUGCUUAUGUAUCCCUUU